GCUUUCUUUGUUGACCACAAUUCCCGCACUACCACGUUCAUUGACCCCCGGCUUCCCUUGCAGAGUAGCAGGCCCACUAGUGCGUUAGUCCAUCGGCAGCACUUAACUAGACAACGCAGCCACAGCGCUGGUGAGGUCGGAGAGGACUCCCGUCAUUCAGGACCACCAGUUUUGCCAAGGCCAUCGAGCACGUUUAAUACAGUCAGCAGAGCUCAGUACCAGGAUGUGGUUCCAGUGGCUUACAAUGACAAGAUUGUUGCGUUUUUGCGGCAGCCCAAUAUCUUUGAAAUUCUACAAGAGCGUCAACCAGAUCUUACCAGGAAUCAUUCACUCAGGGAGAAGAUCCAGUUCAUCCGGACGGAGGGAACACCUGGGUUGGUGCGUUUAUCCAGUGAUGCAGACCUUGUCAUGUUACUCAGCUUGUUUGAGGAAGAGAUAAUGUCAUAUGUGCCGCCACAUGCCUUACUUCAUCCUAGUUAUUGCCAGUCCCCGAGAGGCUCACCGGUGUCUUCACCUCAGAACUCUCCAGGUACUCAGCGUGCCAAUGCCCGAGCUCCAGCUCCUUACAAAAGAGAUUUUGAAGCCAAGCUGAGGAACUUUUACAGGAAGUUGGAGACUAAAGGAUAUGGACAAGGCCCAGGGAAGUUGAAAUUAAUCAUCAGGAGAGAUCACUUGCUAGAAGAUGCCUUUAACCAGAUCAUGGGCUACUCAAGAAAAGACCUGCAGAGAAAUAAACUCUAUGUCACGUUUGUUGGGGAAGAAGGGUUGGACUACAGUGGACCUUCAAGAGAGUUUUUUUUCCUGGUGUCUAGAGAGCUCUUCAAUCCAUAUUAUGGUUUGUUUGAAUAUUCAGCCAAUGAUACCUAUACAGUACAAAUAAGUCCCAUGUCUGCUUUUGUAGACAAUCACCAUGAGUGGUUCAGGUUUAGUGGUCGAAUUCUUGGUCUUGCUCUGAUACAUCAGUAUUUGCUAGAUGCCUUUUUUACACGACCCUUUUAUAAAGCCCUCCUCCGAAUACUCUGUGACCUGAGUGACCUGGAAUACCUCGACGAGGAGUUUCACCAGAGUUUGCAGUGGAUGAAAGACAAUGAUAUACAUGAUAUCCUAGAUCUCACAUUUACUGUAAAUGAAGAAGUUUUUGGGCAGAUCACAGAACGGGAAUUAAAGCCAGGAGGUGCCAACAUCCCAGUCACUGAAAAGAACAAGAAAGAAUAUAUAGAAAGAAUGGUGAAAUGGAGAAUUGAGAGAGGAGUUGUACAACAGACAGAAAGUCUAGUUCGUGGUUUCUAUGAGGUGGUUGAUGCGAGGCUCGUGUCUGUGUUUGACGCCAGAGAACUGGAACUGGUUAUAGCUGGAACAGCAGAAAUUGACUUGAGCGAUUGGAGAAAUAAUACGGAGUAUAGAGGAGGUUAUCAUGACAAUCACAUUGUAAUUCGGUGGUUCUGGGCUGCUGUGGAAAGAUUCAACAAUGAACAACGACUAAGACUUUUACAGUUUGUUACAGGAACGUCCAGCAUACCUUAUGAAGGAUUUGCCUCUCUACGGGGGAGCAAUGGUCCAAGAAGGUUCUGUGUAGAGAAGUGGGGGAAGAUCACUGCUCUUCCAAGGGCUCACACUUGUUUCAAUCGUCUGGACCUUCCCCCUUAUCCAUCGUUCUCUAUGUUAUAUGAAAAACUGUUGACAGCAGUUGAAGAGACAAGUACUUUUGGACUUGAGUGA